AGCAGCGGCGGCGGCGGCGGCGGCGGCGGAGGGCGGGGGGAGGUGGCGGCUGCAGCAUCCAGAGCUGGCCGCGGCGGCCGGCGUGCCCCGCGCACAAAGGCUCCCGGCCCCUGGGGAGGGAGAUGGGAGCACCGCAGCCCCGGCCCGGCCUCCAGCGCCAGCCACCGCUGCAUGCACUCAGAGCGCGGGGGAAGAGGCAGGGCGCCCCAGUAGCCGGCGGCCGAGGCGCGGCCCGUGAGCCCUGAGCUCUGGACUCGGCGCCCUCCGGGUCGGGCGCGGAGCUUCGGAACCGCUGGAGCUCGGGCCUUGGCGCGCCCCCGGGAUCCGCGCAGGAAGGCGCCUCCCCACUCCCACCCGACCUCCUGCGCCCUCCCGCCGCGCCGGAGCGCCAACUUCCCCAACAACGCUCCAACUCUAGGCCACCCUGCCGGGCGCGCCCCUGGCGCCGGGGAGCAAGCCAGCAUCUCCGGGGGUCGCGCGGGCGCCCCUGAGUGACAGACGCCUCUCCGAGAAGUCCAGGACCUGCCAGCGCAGGCUCUUCCUCCGGGGCAGGCGCUCGCCCUCCCGUUUAUGGAGCUUGGGCCCCUGCCCCAGCCCAGUAGAGGCUGUGGAGAAGUGUGGUCCAGAAGCCUGGCCCCCAGCCCUGCGGCCCAUCCCUGGCCGCAGGGAGCGGAAGCUCCCACGAGGUAGCGGCGGCCUGCAGCGGCCCCCUCGCAGCAGUGAACCAUGGGCCAGAAGCUCUCAGGGAGCCUCAAGUCGGUGGAGGUGAGAGAGCCAGGGCUGCGGCCGGCCAAGCUGGAGCUGCGGGGAGCGGAGCCCGGGCGGCCGGCGCGGCUGGACCAGCUGCUGGACAUGCCUGCUGCGGGGCUGGCGGCUCAGCUGCGCCACGCCUGGAACCCUGAGGACCGCUCGCUCAACGUCUUCGUCAAGGAUGACGACCGGCUCACCUUCCACCGGCACCCCGUGGCCCAGAGCACCGACGGCAUCCGCGGCAAGGUGGGCCACGCCCGCGGCCUGCACGCCUGGCAGAUCAGCUGGCCGGCCCGGCAGCGUGGUACCCACGCCGUAGUUGGUGUGGCCACGGCUCGGGCACCCCUUCACUCUGUGGGCUACACGGCUCUGGUGGGCAGUGACGCCGAGUCGUGGGGCUGGGACCUGGGGCGCAGCCGCCUGUACCACGACGGCAAGAACCAGCCUGGGGUGGCCUACCCGGCCUUCCUGGGGCCGGAGGAGGCCUUCGCACUGCCGGACUCGCUGCUGGUGGUGCUGGACAUGGAUGAGGGCACGCUCAGCUUCGUCGUGGACGGCCAGUACCUGGGCGUGGCCUUCCGUGGCCUCAAGGGCAAGAAGCUGUACCCGGUGGUGAGCGCGGUGUGGGGCCACUGUGAGGUCACCAUGCGCUACGUCAAUGGCCUUGACCCCGAGCCCCUGCCACUGACGGACCUGUGCCGGAGAUCCAUCCGCUUGGCCCUGGGCCGCCAGCGCCUACGGGACAUCGGCUCCCUGCCCCUGCCUCAAUCUCUCAAAAACUAUCUGCAGUACCAGUGAGCCAGGGCCUGGGAGCAGCAGUGGGCACCCACCACAGGGCCCAGGCUGUCAUCUCACGGUCACACAGUACGUUCAGGAAGGGGUCCUCGUCCUCACCCCACUUGCCCAGGACAUGCCGUUCUUUUAGAGACCAGGACGUGUUCCCAACUUUGAAAAUGAAAUGUCUGUUGCCAAUAGUAUUUGCUGCCUUGAGAGCAGUCCUCGCAGGUCAGACAUCUCCUGGGAAGCCACACAGAGCGUGGAGCCUACCUACUCCCCGGACACAGGGGCCACCAGUAUUGAUCAGAGAGCCUGUUUCCUUAUUCAGGAGGAUGAAUAAAACAUCUGGGCAGGAGACUUUCUGUUGUGUGCCCUGGCGCAGAAAGAGCCAGGGGAAAACCGGGGCUCUGGGAGAAAACUGCGUCUGCGUAAUGAGCGGUGAAAGCAGCUCGGUGCCAGCGGCUCCCUGGGCACCCGCCCCCGCAGCACGAUUGCCCUGACCCUUUAGGACUUUGCUGCUUUGAGAAACUGUUGCCCAGGGAUGCCCAACUGCGGAAUUGGCACGUAGACAAUGCAGUGUUUGGACACCUUCCAGCUGACCUCUUUGAACAUUGUGACUCCUUUCCGUGCUCUGCCUUCCCCCCUUCCCUGCUGGUGACUCACAGUUGUCCAGAUGCCCCAGGCACCUCUAUUCAGGGAAGCUCAAUCUGGCUAAUUGACACCAGGGACAGUGUAUCCUUUAUUAUUAUUAUUAUUACUUUAAAUAACGUUGCAUUUUGAAAGAGUGUGGAGAGGGCAGUACUUAGUCCAAAGGUGCUAAUGGGGGAACAUGGGGCACGUGACACCCGUGGAUGACGGUCUGGAGCUGGGGAGCCUUUCUGGGGUGCUGAGGGUCUCCAGGAACCACCCAUUCAGGAUGCAGCCUGGCUGCCACAAAGCUUUAUUUGAGCAAAUUAUUUUUUCACUGUAGGAGACUUGUAGGAAUCUGUUUCUGUUUCAGAUGUGUGUAUAUGAUGUGCUUUUCAUUUAUCAGCUUGGGGCCAUGGGGCAGCCUUGGAACCAGGAGGGUGGAUAUGGGAAGCCCCCUGUCUGCAUGCUCCAAGCCUGGUCCUCUCAUGGGAAUGACACUGCUGCUGUCCCAGCCACCAUUGGGCAUCUCUUGUGUUGCCAACACUCUCCGCCCAGACUCAUUUUUAACUGGAUAUUGUCACAGAGGUGGGAUUCCAGAGCCCCAGACGGCACUGCCUUCCCCCACUUUAAUGUGAAUUCGACUGAUGAAUGAGGAGCAUUUCUAAUAAAGUGUGUCGU